AUAUGAUUCGUACAAUAAAAGUUAUUAUUAUAACAGUAAGAAAACAUUACAAAACAACUCAAAUAAGGACUUCAAAAGAAAUAAUCUUUAAAAAUGAUUACCGUGGAGAAGUUUUUUUGCUUUCUUGAACUAAAAUGGGGAAUGCUAGCUAUUGGAAUUAUUCAAAUUAUUUUAACUAUUGUGGGUGGCAUCUUUAUUCAACCUGGAUAUCUGAUAUUUGGGUUUGUUCAGUUCGCUGUUUUCAUACUCUUUUUAAUUUCGUGCAUACUUUUAAUUGUUGCAGCCUUUGUGCCAAAAAAGCCAUUGGUGCUUUGUUAUUUGAUAAUGGCGGCUCUUCUAAUCCUAGUGGCGAUUAUCACUAUUAUAAUUUGUGCUAUUUUGGGAUAUAAUGAAGUCUUAUCAUAUAUAUUCAGUGUCAUCAUCAUAAUUCUGGGAAUUUACUUUUGGAUCUGUGCAUACUCUUAUUAUCAACAAAUUUAAGUCGUGUCAUAAAUAACGAAAAAUCUGUAUUAGUGAUAUAUUUUUACUUUUGAUAUGUGUUCCACCCAGUGCAACACUCAAAAUUCUAAACGCAAUAAAUACAAUAAUAAUAAUA